GCUUUGCCAUGUUGUUGUUGUAGUCAUUGUAAGUCUAAUUUUUUUAUCAAAUAAAAAACUUUAAAGUUUGCAAUGAAUUUCGGUGGUACUUUAAGAAUAAAUAAGUUCGCUUGUUUUACUUUAAUUUUCAUAUUAUUUUUGAUAAUAUACUGGCGAUCUGGCGGUUCAAACUACCCGGUUGACAAAAAUGAUUUCGUGAAUUUGAAAAGUUUACUGAAAGCGGCUAUCUAUGCAGCUGAGCGUGGCGGAAAGAAGAUAAUAGAAAGAAAAAACCAUAAUUUGAACGUAAAGAGUAAGGGAAAAACGCUGGAAGGAGCAAAUGACCCCGUGACGGAUGCUGAUUACGCUUCUCAUUGUGCUAUGUACUAUGGCUUAAAAAAGACAUUUCCAAAAGUGGCAAUAGUGUCAGAAGAGCACAAAAGUACAAGUGACGAAGCCUGCGAGCUCCAAGAACCGUUGGAAAUUGAUGAAGCUCCUCCUAAGCACAGAAUAAUCGAGUUGUUGAAUGAUGAACACAUUUUUAGUAGAAAUGUUACUAUAUGGAUUGAUCCUUUAGAUGCAACCAUGGAAUAUACUGAGUCACUGUAUCAGUAUGUUACUACAAUGGUCUGUAUAGCAGUGAAUGGUAAUCCUGUGAUAGGGGUGAUCCACUACCCCUUCCCACCUCGCACAUAUUGGGGGUGGGUGCUAAAGAAAACAUCAUCCAAUAUUCCAUCAGUCACUCAUAGAGAAGAAAACAAAGAUCAACCAAAAGUAGUAGUGUCUCGAUCGCAUCCUGGCAAAGUAGCUGAGUUGGCUAAAGAAGCAUUUGGUCCGCAAACUAGUGUUACCCCCGCUGCUGGAGCAGGAAACAAGGUUGUCGGUGUUGUAAAUGGCACAUUUGACAUCUACUUCCAUGCCACAGCCAUAAAAAAAUGGGACCUAUGUGCGGGUGACGCGCUUAUAAGAGCAGCCGAUGGCAAAAUGACGACUGCUAAAGGAGAUUUAAUAAAAUACUUCAAAGAUGGUAAUGUAAAGGUCACAGAUGGGCUCUUAGUAUCUCUGUUUGACCACAACUACUAUUUAAGUAAGAUGCCCAAAAUAUUGGCGGCAAUACCUUGAAUGUGCCAAAUGUGAUGCAGUAUUGAAGGGACAAUAGCUUCCUUGUGAAAAUAAAGUUUUUGAAUAUAAGAAAAUGUAAGUAGGUAUAGGUAAUAACAAACUAGUCUAUUUUUCUUAUCCUGUUUUGUAAUAAUGGUAUUGUUAAAAGUUAUUACAUAGCAGAGCUAUGAGAGAUACUCUGAUUCUUUGGUAUGAGAAGUAAUUUAUAAGAUGACCUUUUGGUGAUUAAGAAAUAUAAGUACAUUUUGUCAAAAAUAUGAGAUACUUAUAAUUACAUAUGAUAUAGGCUGUGAAAUCUACUUGCUUGUCAGUUUCUAAAAUCAUGAUUCUGGUAUUAAAAACCAUAUUAUAUCAACACUUCAAUUACGCUGUACGCCAUUUUUACGUACUUAGGUUAAUUUCACUAACACCCAAAAUAAUAGGUCAAAAAGUGGGUGGUAUUGUGGGUUUGUGGCAUUAUGACUAAAACGUUUAUUUUAUUAUUUAUAAAUAUUAUUUUGAUUUAUUUUUUUGGGUAUUCAAAUAUUUUUGAUUUUUUACGAUUAAGAAGGUAAUUUGAAGCUUUACAAACAUACAGUAUAGGAAAUAGUUUUGAAUCUAGUAAGAAAUCUCUCUUAUUUGAGACCAAUGUAUAGUAAUUUUCUGUAGUUGUCUGUUUAUUUCGGAACCAUUGUUCUAUUCUGUGUAGUGGAGUAAGAGUACGUUAUGUAAAUUUAAUGUGAGUAUACAAAAAUAAUGCACAUUUAAUAACAAUAAUUAAAUGUCACUUUAAUUAUUUAGUUUUAAUAAUUGUGUGAUUUAGAAUUUUUUGUUCUCAUUUAUUUUAGGAAUCUUUGACUCCCAAAAUCGUGACUACAUAACACAAGCUCCAUUUCAUAUUUUUGACAUUUUUGAAAAAAGUUGUUAACAUACAAAAAUCGUGCGCAUCAGUUUUAGGUCUUCUAUCGACAAGGAUUUUUACAGUUUGAAUGUGAUUGUUAAAAAAGCUCUCAAUAGGUGCUGUAAAUAUUGAAUAAUAAAUUCUGUUUAUUUA